CGCACGCGCGCGCACAGACACGCGCGCACACCAUCAUCCUCUCCCCUCGGUUCCGCCCUCGCCAGCCACUCGCCGCUCCGGGUUUCCCGCUUCCUCCCCUCCUCCACUGACGCAGUCCGUGCUGCACCAGAUCCUAACAUGGCGGCGUCGAGCUGGUGAAAAGCGAGGCGGGAGGGAACUUCGGGGCCCAGAGAGCGCGGCUGGUCUUAGAAUUGUGAAGCCAUGGGAGUAAAAACCCAGAGACCUCGUUGCUUUUUUGACAUAGCCAUCAACAAUGUGUCUGCUGGAAGAGUUGUCUUUGAAUUGUUUUCAGACGUUUGCCCAAAGACAUGUGAAAAUUUUCGCUGCCUUUGUACAGGUGAAAAAGGUACAGGAAAAUCAACCCAGAAGCCAUUACAUUACAAAAGUUGUUUAUUUCACAGAGUUGUGAAAGAUUUCAUGAUCCAAGGAGGUGACUUCAGUGAAGGUAAAGGAAAUGGGAGAGGAGGAGAAUCAAUUUAUGGUGGCUUUUUUGAAGAUGAAAGCUUUGCUGUAAAGCACAACAAAGAAUUUCUCCUUUCAAUGGCCAACAGAGGGAAAGAUACAAAUGGUUCACAGUUUUUUAUAACAACUAAACCUACACCUCACCUAGAUGGGCUUCAUGUUGUGUUUGGACAAGUAAUUUCGGGUCAAGAAGUUGUAAGAGAAAUAGAAAACCAGAAAACAGAUGCAUCCAGUAAACCUUAUGCUGAAGUACGAAUAAUGAGUUGUGGAGAGCUAAUUCAAAAAUCCAAAGCCAAGAAGGAAGAGAAGAAAAGACGCAAAUCAUCAACUUCAUCCAGUGAUUCAGAUAGCUCAAGCGAUUCAAAAUCUUCUGAUUCAUCAUCUGAUUCUGAAAGCGCUUCUGAAGAAAAAACAAAGAAGAAAAAGAAGCACAAAAAAAAUUCCAAGAAACACAAGAAAGAAAAGAAAAAGAAGAAGAAAAGCAAGAAAAGCUCUGCUAGUGAAAGUGAAACAGAAAAUCCUGAAUCGCAGCCACUUUCUACUGUCCGUCCAGAAGAGAUUCCUCCUGUACCAGAAAACAGAUUCCUGAUGAGGAAAAGUCCUCCUAAAAUGGAUGAAAAAGAAAAAGAGACAAAGAGCAGGGAAAAAGAGAGAGAGAGUAAUCCAUCAAACUGUCAAUCAUCAUAUCAGAGAAGGCUAUUAGUGACUAGAUCUGGACGGAAAAUAAAAGGAAGAGGACCAAGGCGCUAUCGGACACCUUCAAGGUCCAGAUCAAGAGAUCGCUUUAGACGUAGUGAGACUCCACCACACUGGAGACAAGAAAUGCAGAGAGCUCAACGAAUGAGAGUUUCAAGUGGAGAAAGAUGGAUAAAGGGAGAUAAGGGUGAGGUUAAUGAGAACAAGAAGGAUGCUGCAAAUCAGAAAAGCCCAGGGAGAGGGAAAGAGAGAAAAGCAUCUGACCACAGGCAAAUUUCUGAAAGCCCAAACAAAAGGGAAGAAAAGGAAAAGAAAACAAAAGAACACAAAUCUGACAGUAAGGACCGAGAGACGAGGAGGAAUUCUGAGAAGGAAGACAAAGACAAGCAUAACAAAAGUAAGGCCAAGAAAAGGGCUAGAUCCAAAAGCCAGAGCAAAAGCAAAGAAGUGUCAAAAAGUAAGGAGAGGGACUCCAGACACAGCAAGCAUGAAGAAAAGAAAAUGAGAUCAAGAAGCAAAGAGAGGGACUAUGAGAAAGAGAGGGAUAAAGAAAAAUAUAAUGAUUUUCGUGGGAGAGAGAGGAGCAGAAGUAAGGAGAAGAAUAAAAGGGGAGGAUCAAAAAGUAAUGGUCAGAAUCAUACUAAAAGUAAAGAUAGGGAAAAACAUACAAAGUCAAAGAGCAAAGAACGUGAGCAGUCUAAAAGCAAGCACAGCUCAAAUAGUAAGACCAGAGAGCGAAGCAAAAGCGGGGAGAGGGGGAAGCGAGCCAGGUCCCGAAGUAAAGAAAGAGAUCGCAGCAGAAGCAGAGAUUACUCCAAACAUAAAGAUAAGGAAGUAAAAAGAAGAGGAAGAUCAAGAAGUAGAGACAGGAAAGGCACACCAGAAAGACCUAAAGGUAAGGAAAAUAAGAGGAGGAAGGAGUCACAGAGCUCUGAAAGAGAGGAAAGUCGAAGUAAAGACAGGCAUCGGAAUCAAGAGCACAGAAGUUCUCACAAAAAGGAUGAUGCUGAAAAAAGAAAGCGUUCAAAAAGCUGUGACAGUAGUAGCUCAGAGACCAAUAAAAGUAAAAAGGCCUCUAAAGAUCAGGAUAGAAGUCCUGACUCGAAGAGAAAACGAAGCAGCAAGGACAGAGAAUUGAAAAGAUCAUCUUCGCAUAGGAGUAACGAAAAGGACAGGUCCCGCUCCUCAAGAGAGAAAGAGAUCAACCAAAAAUCAAAGAAUCAGGAGAAAGACCGUGCUCAUGGUAAAGAUAAAAAAUCUGAUCAUGAAUCAAGUGCUGGAACUGAUGAAGACAGACAUGGAUGAGUUGAUGAACUUAUUGUUUCCAUUCUGCCUCCAGAUUCUAGAGACAUGUUGGGGAACACUUAUUUUUCUUUUCUUUUCUUUUUUUUAACGUGGACUUCAGUUUGGUCUUUUGAUAAUCCACAACCUGGAUCAUUUGUACUGCUAAAGUUUUAAUAAACUUGAAAUGGAAAAACAA